AAGCGAGACAGUCGAGCAGUUUUGCAUUCGUACGUGGUUUGAUUGCAUCUUUUGACUAGAACUCAUAGCUUUUCGUUUAUGAUCUGUGCUGAUGUCACCUCACAGGCUCACAGUAUUAUUUGGAUUCUCAUAUCGAUUAUGUGUGUUUCUCUACAAUUAUGGAAUUGAAGAAAAAACAUGGCGCCGUUGAUUACGAUUCCGGAACCAGCGCGCGGUGUAAAGUGUGUGGUGGCCGAUCAACUGGAGUUCACUACGGCGUGAUCAGCUGUGAAGGGUGCAAGGCAUUCUACAAAAGAGGGAUUAUAAAUGGAAUUAAGUACAAGUGUUACUUUGGAUCAACAUGUCCCGUCACUGCCGGAACAAGAGGCCGCAGAUGCAAAGCCUGCCGUUUUCGACGCUGCCAGGAAGAAGGAAUGGAUGUUAGAGCGGUAAAAGGCAGCCGAUCAUGGCGCUCAAAGGACGAGAAGUCCGAGACUUCUCCCGCUAUGGCAGACGACAAUAAUCCCGACAAAGACUAUGCUCCUGAUCAAGACGACUCGAUGUCAUGGAGUACUGAUUCGGACACCUACGCCAGGGGCAAUCUUACAUCGGUGUUUCGAUUAGGAAGCUUUUCCGGAAGCUGUGUUGUGCCACUGUCACGUCCGAAACCUGAAUCUCAAGAUUACAGUAGCGCUUUAGCGCUUCGACAGCAGUCUGAAAGUUAUCCACGCGUUAAAGUGAUCAUGACACCUCUGAAGGAAUUUUCCUCAGAGCCGGGCCGCACAUCCUUUUCGACCAGAAGUUUUGACGGGUCGGCAGAUAGUGGGUCAUCUGUUGACAGUGGUGGGGCUCAUAGGUCAACCGAGCUUGUACCAGUUAAUCCACGAGCAUCAUUCGGUUUACUUGACAAGGAUAGCGAAGAUUUCCCAGCCAUUACAGUGAAUUUAUUUUCGAGCUGGAUGUUGUCCGGAUUGUUUCCAGUUGUGUCCCCCGAUUGGCUGGAAACUUCGGACCGUUCCACUAUGCCGAAAUUUCUGGGUAAUUACGUCCGAGCCAUGUUUAACCGGAACCUUUUUCUUGUGGAAACGAUAAAUAAGGUGCAGCACGCCAUCGACUGUGUUAUCUCAAAACUGGCGAAUAAGUUCGAAAGUUACCAGAGCCAUCCAUCAUUCUUGCAAAAAGAUGCGUCAUUAGAGACCGAAAGACGCGUGUUACGGGCUUUACAACAUGAUAUAGGCAAUAAUUCGCUAUGUUUUAAACUAUUUCUACAAACCCUUCCGGGAUUCGCUGAACUGGAUCCGCAGUUGCUGCAGAAGUUAAUCCCACAACGAUAUCUUAAUUUUUGGGUUUUUUUCCAUUCAUCGUUUUAUUACAACAAUGCAGAUCGUGAAGUAUACAUACUGGCUGAUAUUGAACUGGAUCAACGAGCUUACCUUGUUGACAAAGUCUGUGAGAAAGAAUAUGCGGAUUACGUGUACAGAUGUGUACUCGACAUUCGACAGUUACAACUGGAUGAUGUUAUGCGAUAUCUUCUGCUGGUUGUAUCCAUUCUUCAUCCGAUUGAUCCUCGAUUUCCGGCGGACGACAGAGCCGCUUUGGAAGCUCUGCAUGCUCAUUACCUAGACGCACUAAUGCAUUAUGUUUCUGGUCUUUCGCAAGGAAGACAAAUGGUUACUGCCCUCCAGCAGUUUUUCACCCGUAUUCCCACGAUGAAUCAGGUCUCUGAGCUGUAUGUUACACAGCUUGAUUUUGGUUCUUUGCCGCUCUGCAUGGCCAGUGGACAAACAUUCACGGAACUGUUUAACAGUAUACUACGGAAGAGGGAUCAGAGCGCGCUAGUUAAUAGGUUUCAUGCCGACAGACAAGUAUACUGAAUUGCAAUUACUACCAGUAUUUUUCGUUGUUUGUGGAACGGACAUUUGUGGAAUUACAUGUUUAUAUUUCUGAAUAGAGAGUUUACUCAGAACAGAAUUGCAUACUGUAUCCUCGUUUUAUAGGGUGAAAUUUGAUCUGUGUUUUAUUAAAAGACUUUGUGCUCGGCAGAUAUAGAAAUGUCAUGGAAAUCGUUAUCACCUAACAGUAAAGUCUGAAAUAAAUGUAUUUCAGAAAAUGUGGCCUUUGA